CUGUCAACUGUACGGUCCAUAGCUCCAAAAUCCAAGCCAAUAAUUUUAGCCGAAGAAUUUGUCUAUUUAAUUUUCAACACUUUGUCUCUAAAACCAUCUCUAGUCGCGUAUUCUCUUGCUGGUACUGGAACUGGAGGCUUUUCCGAAAGUGUUUCAUAACAACUAGAUAAGUUUGAAUUGUGAAACCACACAAUUUCGUAAUCUCCAAGACAGAAAUGGCCAAGUUUUGAUCGCGUUCUUGGUCAAAAUAUAGACGGAGACGAAUUAAAUAAGAAUAUGGCGACAGGCAACAUUUUGGACUUGUGUCGGCUCUGCGGCACCGACACUUUAAGCAUGAGCAUUUUGAGGCACAACAUCUUCGACGACGAGGGCCAGUUGAAGAAAUUUGCUGAAAAGAUCAGCAGUUGUUUGCCGGUUAAUGUGGCUGAAGAGGAUCCCUUGCCCAAAAUAAUGUGCGGCGAGUGUGCUUACAAACUGGACUUGCUCAGCGAGUUCCGAGAAAAAUCGGCAAAAACCGAGUCUGCCCUGAUGGUGCUUCUCAAGCAGGAUAUUAAACAUGAAGCGUCCGAUGUAGAGGAACAGACUGAAGUGAAGGAAGCGACUGAGACGGUGAAUUUAAAGAGACAAUCAAGCCGUAGAUCCGUGAAAACGCGCCGCUACUUUGUCGACUCGGAAUCUGAAGAGGACACUCAACAGAGUGAUGAUGAUUUUCACUGCGACGACAACUACAGGGACGACGAUGACGAAGAUUCGGAAAUAGCAGAGCCUGUGAAAAAGAAGGAAAGGAGAUCUAUGCCGACCAGGGCCAGCAAGAAGACUAACAACAAGAAAGCAGCCCUGGAAAAAGAAGAAAUAACUGCUGAGAAAGUAAUGAAAGAUGAAAGCCCGGCUACCAGCCUGGAAGGAAAGAGGCUCAAAUCAAAAUAUCUGUGCAAAAUCUGCAAAAAGGAAUUUUCCAAGGAGCUAACGCUGCAGAAACACGAAAGUAUGGAGCACACAUUCCUGUGCGUGGCGUGCAACGUGCCGUUCAUGUCCAGCCGAGACCGAGGGAUACACAAAUGCUUCUCCAGUUUCCAGGAAGAUUACUCUCAGAACUCUAGAGGACGGAGAACGGCCCGGUCGAAGGUGCUGACGUGCGAGCAGUGCAAGAAAACGUAUUCGUCUCACGCCAACUUCGUGCGACACGUCGCCGAGCCGCACACGCACCACUGCAAGGUUUGCAACAUUUAUUUCGCCACGCAAAGACAACGACUGGCCCACGGGUGCCGACCGGCGCCCCAGCCCGAAGGGACUCUCCCGGACGCCUCUACCAAAUAUAAAUACCAGUGCAGCAAGUGCGCCAAGGGGUUCGUCCAAGAGACCAACUACCUCGAGCACAUUGCCAAAGCGCACGACAGCUUCUGCAAGACCUGCAAACGGUACUUUAUCUCCGCUCGAGACCGCAUUGCACACUCGUGCCUCUACAAAUGCCGCCAUUGUGAUUUUAGUGCGAAGACGCACACCAAACUGCAAGUGCACAUCGAGAACAUUCACGAGAAUGGGAUUGAGUUCGAGUGCGAUAUUUGCAAAGAAAAAUUUCUGUCUAAACGAAGUCUCAUCAGCCACAUUGUCGCCAGCGGAAUCGAUCACAGUUUCAUCGGCACGUACUGCAGUAUUUGCAACUACGACUACCGCUCCAUGUACAGCCUGAAGCUUCACAUCCAGCGGGUGCACCAGGGCGUCUUUAAAUGCACCGGCUGCAACACCAGUUUCGCCACAAAAGAAGAGCGCAAGGUCCACUACAAAGCGAACCACUCGCAGAAAAAGCAGGAGGUGCAGUGCCCCGAGUGCCCGAAAAUCAUCAGCAACAUUCACAACCUCCAAAUCCACAUCAACAUGGUGCACAGGAAACUUCGACCGCACCUUUGUCAGGUUUGUGGAAAGUCGUACCCGUGCAAAUCGUCUCUGCAAUUCCACAUGACGAUGCACACCGGCGAGAAGAAGCAUGUUUGCAAUGUGUGCGGACACGCGUUCGCUCGAAUCGAGAACCUGAAGCAGCACAUGCGGAUCCACAACAAUGUGAAGCCAUUCUUGUGCGACUUCUGUCCGCAAAAGUUCCGUCAAGCCGGAUCUCUGAAGAUCCAUCGCAGGAUUCACACAGGGGAAACGCCCUAUCACUGUCACUUGUGCCCAAAGAAAUAUAUCUCCAAUGGAUUGUUGAAAAACCACCUGAAAUACCAUCCUGUCGACAGAGAUAUCGAAUAAAAAAGAUCAAUUGAAAAUUCGCAAUUUGUUUUUGAUAAUUCCAGUUUGGCUUCUUGGGUUUUGAUAUUAUUUUACCUUAUUAUUUGU